AUGGUCAAGAAGCCUACCAUCGGCCUCCUUGGAGGCGGCCAGCUUGGCCGGAUGCUGUGCGAGGCCGCGGGGCCUCUCGGCAUCGAUAUCGCCAUCCUCGACGAGGCCAAUUGCCCUGCGAAGAUGGCAAACCAGAACAGCCGCCAUGUCACCGGCUCCUUCAAGGACCCCGCAAAGAUCAGGGAGCUCGCGGCCAUGUGCGAUGUCAUUACUGUCGAGAUUGAGCACGUCAACACCGAGGUCCUCGAGGAGAUUGCGACCCGCGGCGUUAUCACUGCGCCCGGCACCGUCAAGAAGGUUCCCGUUCACCCUCACUGGCAGACUUUGCGCCUCAUCCAGGACAAGUUCCUCCAGAAGGAGCACUUCGCCAGAGCCGGCCUUCCCAUUGCGCCGCAGAUGGCCAUCGAGUCCAGCCCCGCCAUCCCGGAGAGCCUGUCGGCCGCUUACAAGAGCUUUGGCUUCCCCUUCAUGCUGAAGGCCCGCAAGGGUUCUUACGAUGGCCGCGGCAACUUCAAGGUCAAUGGCGUUCAGGACUACGAGGCAGCUAUUCAGGCGAUGGGUAAGCUGUCGCUUUAUGCCGAGAAGUGGGUUCCUUUCGACAUGGAGCUUGCCGUCAUGGUCGUUCGCACCGAGGACGAGGACGGUGAGCUGAGGAAGGUCCACACCUACCCGGCUGUCGAGACGAUUCACGAGGAGAGCAUUUGCACUAAGGUUUAUUACCCUCCUCGCAGAGUCCCUCUUGAUGUUUGUGAGAAGGCCCGCCAGGUUGCUGGCGACGUCGUUAAGACGCUGAAGGGAAGGGGUGUCUUUGCUGUUGAGAUGUUCCUCCUGAAGGAUGGCACCAUCACCGUUAACGAGGUUGCUCCUCGUCCUCACAACUCUGGCCACUACACCAUUGAGGCUGUGCCCUACAUGUCCCAGUACAAGGCGCAACUCUACUCCAUCUUGGACAUGCUCCCGCGGUCCAUUAAGCUUCAGCCCCGUGUUUCUAGUGCCAUCAUGCUGAACAUCUUGGGCGGCGCGCGCGAAGACUCUCACGAGGAGCUUGUUGAUCUCACCACGUCCCUGUACGACGACAAGAUGGACAUCUUCCUCCACCUGUACGGCAAGUCUUCCAAGCCGGCCCGUAAGAUCGGCCACAUCACCGUCACGUCCUACGAACAUGGCGUGAACCUGGAGCAGUUGGCUGCGCCCCUGAUCAACGAGGUGAACUAUAUGCGCGAGGCUCGCAUCGACGCCUCGUCCGGGCAGCCUCGUCUCCAGCAGUCUCCUAUCAAGGCCAAGAAGAUCAGCUCGCGGAACUCAGACAAGCCUCUUGUGGUUGUCACUAUGGGCUCUGACUCCGACCUCAAGGUCCUUCAAGGGGCUUUCGAGAUCCUCGAGAAAUUCGAGGUUCCUUACGACCUCGACAUUACCUCUGCACACCGCACUCCCCACCGCAUGGUAGAGCUCGGCAAGACUGCUGCCCAGCGUGGUAUCAAGGUCCUCAUCGCGGCCGCUGGUGGUGCUGCUCACCUGCCCGGCAUGCUGGCAUCUGAAACUACGGUGCCAGUCAUUGGUGUUCCCGUCAAGGCCACGCACCUGGACGGUCACGACAGCUUGCUCAGCAUCGUGCAGAUGCCCCGCGGCUGCCCUGUUGCCACCGUUGGCAUCAACAACUCAACAAACGCCGCGCUGUUGGCUGUUAAGAUCCUUGGCUCUUCCAGCCUCGAGUACCAGCAGAAGAUGGCUCAGUACAUGAGCAACAUGUCUACCGAGGUGGAGCAAAAGGCAGCCAAGCUGCAGAGUGUGGGAUGGAAGGCAUACCUUGAGGAGAAGAAAUAA